AGCUUUGGUGAUGGGAACCUCAUAUCAUCUUCAUCAGACAGGGAAGCAGUCCACACAGCGGUCACCAAGGUUUCUACUUCCCUGGAAGCAGCAGGCGUCGCUAGAGGCUUUUCCGAACUGCUUUGUCCACGGACGCAGACGCACAAAGCUUUCGUUUUCCUCUCUCUCCUGACAUGCGCACUACAAACAAUAACCUGGAAUAAUGGCGGUUCCCAGCAGGUCCACGAAGGAGCGGCUAUUAUCCGCUUUAGACGAUCUAGAAGUGUUAUCCAGAGAGCUGAUUGAAAUCCUUGCCUUGUCGAGGAGCCAAAAACUGCCCCAGCCUGGCGAGGACACGCAGAUCCUUGAGCUACUUGUGCAGAGGGACGGGGAGUUCCAGGAGCUAAUGAAGGUAGCCCAGAAGCAGGGAAAAGUUCAUCAGGAAAUGCAGCUCCUGGAGAAAGAGGUGGAGAAACGGGACAGCGACAUCCAGCAACUGCAGAAGCAGCUAAAGGAAGCAGAGCACAUACUGGCAACGGCUGUAUACCAAGCAAAGGAAAAACUAAAAUCCAUCGAAAAGGCCAGAAAAGGAAGCAUCUCCUCAGAGGAGAUCAUCAAGUAUGCUCACAGAAUCAGUGCCAGCAAUGCGGUGUGUGCUCCUCUCAACUGGGUACCAGGUGACCCACGCAGGCCGUACCCCACUGAUCUCGAGAUGCGCAGUGGGAUGCUGGGACACAUGAGCAACCUGGCCUCCAAUGGUGUGAACGGGCACCUUCCUGGUGACGCUCUGGCUGCGGGCAGACUGCCAGAUGUGCUCACGCCACAGUACCCCUGGCAGUCCAGUGACGUAUCCAUGGGUAUCCUACCACCUCACCAUGGCAACGACUUCGCUCUGGAGCCCCCAGGCCACAACAAGGAGAACGAAGAUGAUGUGGAAGCCAUGUCCACAGAUUCAUCCAGCAGUAGCAGCGACUCGGACUGAGAAGGACACACAGCGCGCUACCCGAGUAGAAUAUGACCCAGUCUGUCUGUGACUGUCAAACCCAACUCCACCAUUCAUGGAAAAAGUAUUAAAGCCAAGAAAUAAGAAUUAUUAUAAUCACAAGUAUGGGUGUUGCUAUUGGUAAACAAAGACCUCCCAUAAAAUAACCAUCUGGUAACUUUAUAGUGGUAAUUUUUAUAAUUAUCUCUGCUGUAAAUUGUUCUGUACUUCGCAGUUCAGAUAUUCAUUAUAUUACCAGAAGGGGAAACUGUCAUCCGUCACAAUUGUUUCAGGUGAUCUGUACACUCGGCACCUUUUAAACUUUCAGAGAAUUUUAUAGAAUAAACAGCCGUCAGGUACUGCCCGAGGGUCCAAAGUCCUACAUUCAUAGUCACUGCUGAGGAAGAGAGCCACUGCAUCACUGUACAGUCCAUCUCAGUUUGAUCCCGUUCCGUGUGACUGGAAUAUUGGCUUUUGUUGUGCUUUGGCCUAAACUCAACAGGCAUUUGUACUUUUCUCAGACUCCUUGAAGUGUCUUUGCUGAGCUUGGUCCUCAUAGCAGGUGCAUUCUGUGGAAUUUUGAAAUACAUUAAAUUGAUUAUGUAUCUUGUGGCCUUGCAGAUUUUUAAAUUGUGCUCCUUUUAUAUUGGAUUAUUUGUCUGAAUAUUCCCAACUGCAGGACUUCAACCUCUUGGUUAAACGGGUGGCCUCCUGCUCACUGCACUUGCAGCUGGGUUGGCUUGUAUUUGGAAAUGUAUAAAAAAGGAGUCAUGGAUGUAGCUGGUUUCAUGUAAACUGGAGAGAAGGUGUGAGUGAAGUGGCAGACUGUCAUGUUUUGCUUAAACUGUAAAUAAUACUGUACAUAAAUCUUUCUAUGGUGUAAAUAAAGAACAAUCUUUAGUAAA